UGCCUUAGCAAACAAAACGUUGGGUAUCAGGCUAUCCGCCCUUCAACGUCUUUUCAUAAUAGAAAGUGAAGCUAAUCUUCUUCAACUCUUUAUUCAUCAACUGAAAACAUCCGCCCUGCGCUCCGAAGCACGAAUGCUUUUUUUUUUAAGUCUAUGGGAAUUGAGAAAGAAAAUCAUGCAACCUUUCAAUGUCCUUUCGAUAACAUGGGAUCGUUUCUUUGGAACGCAGCAAGAAAUGCGUUUGAAUUACUUUAAAAAAUUUCUUUUUUAUUCCCGGACAUUGGGUUUCCCGAUGUCACCUUGUUUCCUCUUUCGCCGCCCCACUAGGUAGACUUACACUUUCGUUUCGAGUCAACAGAGAAGGCCUCUCAACAGAACAGGAGGAAGAACUUUCGGUUGUGUACCAGAGAGAAAGUACAAAGAUAUGGGGAGGCAUUGGUCAUCCAUCAUAUAAAAGGCUAGAAGAAGUCGGCUGUCACGCACAGUCCUCCAGACGUCCAUCACUGAACAUGUUUCCAUACAGUCCGUUUAUUCUUGCCUUGAUUGCAUUGUCCUGCCGUGCCGACCAAGUCAAACCGAAUGGCGAGACGGUCGCCAGGAGAUCUGCUACUACUACCAGACCAAUACGAGUGGAUAAAAUCAGAGACGUUGAAGCUAUAGAUCCUGGCCUCCUUUCGCCACCGAGCACGAAAAACGUUACCCUAACACGUUCAGUGACAAACACGCUGGGAAAACAGUUUAGCAACCCGCUAGGUCAGGGUGGUUCGUUCGGCAACUCCUUUGGCAGUAAUUCUUUUGGAACCGGGAGCAAUUUGAAUCCGGACAAUGGGUUCCAAUUCACUCCUGGAGUAGGACAAGCUGACAAAUCUUUCUAUCCUGGAGGACAAGCUGCAGGUUUUGGGCAACCAGGGCAAGUUGGAAUCUUCGGGCAACCAGGUCAAGUUGGGACGUUUGGUCAACCAGGUCAAGUUGGAACGUUUGGCCAACCGGGUCAAGUUGGAACGUUUGGCCAACCGGGUCCAGUGGGAGGAUUUCCAAACAACGGAGGAGUAUUUCCUGGCGGGGGUGUUGUGCCUGGAUCCACACAGCUUCCUCCGGGUUCUGUGGCAGCAGAUUCCGUAGCUUUCAGCGCUGCCCGGGCAUCGGACUUUACUCGUGUCGGUGUAACUCAAGUUCGAUUUGAUUUUACAUUGACCGACGUUGGCUACGGAUGGUAUCCAGAUCGUAGCGAAUUCGUCUGCUAUUAUCCAGGACUUUAUUUUUUUACUUUCCAUGGCCUUUCGUCGCAAACAAGACAAUUCAAGCUGUCUUUGGUAAAGAAUAAUCAAGAGGUGAUUUCGGCAUGGGGGGAUACAAACGGAUACCAAAGUGGUUCCAAUACGGCCAUUUUAGCACUCAACCAGGGCGACAGAGUCUAUCUCGUUUUGCAGGAAGGCAAUUUGCACGAAACCAACAAUGGUGGACGGGGGUACACGACAUUUUCGGGUUUCAGAAUUCGUUAGCCACACACGUAGCGCUGGCGUUUUAAUGUCAUAAAGCUGUGCUUUUCUAAUUUGUUUCUUCUAUGUAUCGUUCAAUACAAACCCACGUUACGAAAAA